AUGUCGUGUGUGAAGGUUACACAUGCAAACCCUAAGGCAUUACAAAAGGACGUCAAUGCAAUGUUCAAAACAAUGCAGACUGAGUGGACUAGCAUCCAAGCAUGUACAGUCCUUGAGGGAAUGUAUAUUGCGGUUCAGGGUGAUGUUGAACAAUACCACGAGCCAAAACUUGUUUACACAGCCAAGGUCGGGUCAUUUAUCAAAGAUGUUCUCAGCAUGGAGCCAAAGCGCUUUGUGCUUAAAGUCGAGUCCUGGGUAGUGGGAAAUUUUGAUACUGCUGGCACAGCCAGCCAACAACUGUCAUUGACAAAACUUAUUAGCCUGUGCCGCCAGCACAUCCAGGACGGACUUGAUAUUAUUCUUCCUACUUUGAGUCAUCCACCAAAAAAGAAGGUUAAAAUGAAUUACAAUAAUUAUGAAGGCAAGAUUGUGAAAACUUAUGGUGUUGCACUGGAAAAUUUUCCUGGCACUGUUCAAAAUCCUGGAAAGAUUGGGUGUUGUGAAGACUUGAUCAAGCUAUAUGACUUACUUUUCAAAGGAGCAUGCUCAUGGACGAAGCUCACAAGCGAUAAGCUUAUGGAACACAUUGCCAAGAACAAGGAACACUAG